CUCCCUUUCAGCGCGGCACGAUCAGCUGACGACCUGGUGGAUGAAAUCCGGCCUUCUUUAUAACCACCAAAGGCCUCCACGAGAGAAGGAAGAAAAUCAAUCAUCAUCAUGGAAGCCGUGCCAUCGUCGACGGCGCCGGCGAAGCCCACCGUCCUCCGCGUGGCCGCCUUCUGCGGCUCCCUCCGCAAGGACUCGUGGCACCGCGGCCUCAUCCGCGCCGCCGAGGAGCUGUGCCAAGAGUCCAUCCCGGGCCUGCACAUCGACCACGUCGACAUCUCCGGCCUGCCAAUGGCCAACCCGGACCUGGAGACCGACGACGGCGACGGCUUCCCGCCGGACGUCGAGGCGUUCCGCGACAGGGUCCGCGCCGCUGACUGCUUCAUCUUCGCCUCGCCGGAGUACAACUACUCCAUCACCGCCACGCUGAAGAAUGCGCUGGACUGGGGGUCGAGAGGCAAGAAGAGCUGCUGGGCGGACAAGGCGGCGGCGAUCGUGUGCGCGGGAGGCAGCUUCGGCGGGGGCAGGGCGGCGUUCCACCUCCGCCAGAUCGGGGUGUUCCUGGACCUGCACUUCAUCAACAAGCCGGAGCUCCACGUCAAGGCCUACGACGACCCGCCCAAGUUCGACGCCGACGGCAACCUCAUCCACGCCGAGACCAGGGAGCGGCUCAGGCAGGUGCUUCUGUCGCUCCAGGCCUUCGCGCUCAGGCUCCAACCAAAGUAGCCCUCAAGAACUUGGGCACUCACCGCCGGACGUGCGUGCUGAUCAGUCUGCAGUUCUUUGCACAGUAUUCGUGCACCACUGGUUGUGUUCCGAAUUCCGAUAGAAAAACAAAAGUUAUUCUCCAGAGAGUUUCUCUAUGCUUUCAUAAAUCGAAUAUAUCCAUGGCUAUCCGACAUUUCAACUAAGUGCUACCUACCUGCUAUGGAUACGAAUAUGAUGCGCUAAUGGCAUCAUUCCAUCAUUUUCGUUAUCUAUUUUUUCCAACUUCCUUUGGUGCCUUGUGUCUCUCAUUGUUAAACGAGAGACACGUGAUGUUUUGGGUGGAACUGGCACAACCGUGAGCGUGGCCUAUCUCAUUAUAAAAGGGUACCAAUGGGUACGGACAUGUCACAUGUUACAUAUACAGAUGAAGUGGAACUUGAUUA